GGUUCAAGAGUGUUCUUGUAAACUUAUUACUGAGAAAGAAAUAGUGUAAAUUCAAACAGAAAUAUCUGUUUGAUUUUGUCUCCACUAUGAGUGGAGGCCGAAGACGUCUACCUUUCUUAGUACUCUAUGUUGUUUCGGCAAGUUUGCUUAGCUCUCGAGGAGCAACACACUGGAAACUCAACGAGGAUGGAGUCGUUCAGAGUUUUGACAACACGAGUCCCGAUAUUGUCAAAUCUGAUCCCAUUCUUGCUAUUUUAACGAAAGGAUUUUCCAACAAAGAGGUGGCAUUCAAAAAGAGUAACUGUGAGGCUUGCGCUAACGGUGGAAGCUUUGCUAAGGGGUCAGGAGUAGCAGUACAGGGUCCAACAGCCUUACAGAUGUUCCCGUCUCCUUCUCUCACGUGUGGUGUACCAGCCAAUGAAACAAUAUAUGACCAUCUUGACGGCAUACGACUACGCGAACAGCACCCGCCAUAUGCAGAACCAGAAGUCGCAAUGAUAUUCAAAAAAACAGAAGUAGAAGAAAUAGACAUGAAUGAAAUCGAGCAGAAUUUGAAAAGAAAUUUGGAAGAGAGCCCAAACUCUGUCGUUGUCUGCAACCAAAUAGCAAACUUUUGGAGAAUCAGAGGAAAUACUUAUCAAUCAAUUGAAUGCUUCAGAAAAGCCUUGGAAACUUCACCAAACAACGCUGAUGUUUUGCUCAACUUGGCAAAGGUGCUGUUUAAUUUAAACUUCCAGAAAGAUGCAAUCUACCUAACACGACGAUCACUUGAAAUGCAACCCUCUGACCAGAACUGUUGGUUGCAGCAUUUUACACUGGGAGAAAUCCUCAAAGCUGCUGGUGACUAUGAAGAAGCUGGGGUUCAUUUCAGACAGGCUCUUGACUUGAAUCCCUCGUUUUUACCUGCUGAGAUCCACCUAAGAGAGAUUGGAUUACCACCAAAUUCACCCACAAAUACCUACACAUUUCUGGUUAUCGGUGUCUUAGUUGUUGUGGUCCUGGCUGUGGUUUACUUCAUGACCCUGGCCAAUGACCAAAAAGGGACGAAAUCAAGUCGUAAUUCCCCAUGGAAUGAUUUUAAAAAAGCAGGAAAAAAGAGACCUUCCACCUAGCUAUUGUAGCAGGUUUAAGCACAUAAUUUAAUUCACUUUAUAAAUUGCUUGAGAAAAUUUAAUUACCUUUCUAAUUAGAAGUUUUUUCAAAUUUUUAUUUAUUCUGUGAAGAACAUUGCUUGUCUUUGAUGGUGCAUCACAAUUUUGUUAGCAAAUUUUGUCCGCGAGCACCAUCUUUUCGUAUGCAUUUAAAACUGUGUAAGUUGAGAACACUAUUUAUAUGGAGGCUGGCUGUUUUAUGAGAGCAGUGAAACCUGGAUGUUUAGUAGUAAUAUGGCAUAAAAAAAAUAACCAAAAAAAUCUAUAUAUCGAUAUUAUAUUGUGGAAAAUACAACAGAAGCACAACCACCAAGAAAAAACAUUUUGCACAAAAAUAAAACAAACUUAAAGGUUGAUCCUUGAUUGAAAAGAUGUUUUAAUAAAAAACAAAUAUUACAUUA